GGGAGAACGGAGAACGGAGAACGGAGACUUCCGAGACGACUGAGAAGCUUUCAGGAUAUUGCAAUCAGCUACACUCAAAGGCUUGAGUCUGUAAUUCUUACAUAUCAGAAGUCCUCACUGUAGGUGAGUUAAAUUUAAUUAAGCUAAGCUGGUUUGUGAAGCAUGAUAUAGUUGUUGCAGUUAGUAAUGACGUUGGUCUAUCGCCCAACCCGUAUCCAACAAAUUAGAGACCAGAAAAAUGAUUGAGUGAAAUUUAAGUAUUGCUACGGAGGUUUAUGGUGACAUAAUAUGGGAUUGUACACUGCAAUAUGCUUUUUUCACCCCUUAGGCAUAGUAAAAGCUACAGCAUCUACCAGUAUUCCUUUAACUAGUGUCAUUGGUUUCACUUGGAGGUUAAACCUUUAAGGCAACCAUUAGGAUAUACGAGGGUGAAUAAUGAUUUUUUACAUCAUACCCUUCAUUUUUUUUUUUUAACUUCUUUUAAAGCUUAUCAUCUCUCUGUAAAUUUUUUUUCAUUAUUUUCAAUAAGCAUUUAGGCUUCCCUUAAUUUAACUCAGGUGCUUUGUGGGAGGUGCAAGACGAGAGUUUAACAUCCAUUAAUUUUGCUUCCAGUCACUGACCUAAGGGUACACAUGAGUCCAAUAUUUUAGCGUGUAGGAUUAAGAGCUAGUCAAGAGCAUGUAAAAAAGAAAGGGACAACAUUUCUAUGCCUCCCAAACACUUUGAUCACAUGCCUUUUACAUGGUAAAUUGGGGUUAUGUGAGGUUACGUUUAAGGCAGUAAUAUACAGUAAUGUACAGAAAUAUACAGCUUUGCAAAUUAACAACAACUUAGUCUAACGGUGUUUUACUAAACAAACCUGAUACUGGGCUUUUAAUUGCAACACAGCAGGUAUUUGGUGCAGCUGUUUGUUCAAACAUGGAGAGAUCAACUAUUGCUGAAGAGAAAGGUAUGGAUAUGCAAUUUAAUACCUCAAUUAGAUUAUUAAUACCCACUGGUACCAAUGAAUAACUAUACCAUGAAAUAGGACUUAUAUCAUGUCAACAUUUUAUGCUUGUGUUGCUCAAAAAAAAGUUUUCAGAUAUGUUACAAAUUAUAAGGAUUGGUAUGAGAGAAAUUUCCUAAAGUGCCCUUAAUUUAGAGACAUAUUACAUCCUUAAGCAACUACCUGUAUUUUUCUAAGAUUUCAAAUUGCUGUAAGAAUUUCCCAUCCAGUUUUUAAGUCUGAACUUUCCAUCCUUGUGUCUUUAAUUUGCCUCACUUAUUGGUUUUUUGUAAAUAUGGGAAAUUCACCUGUCUUUGUAACAUCUCUUGUGCAGAAAAUGAUUGAUUUCAGUCAGGUUAUAACUUUACCUAGUAUUGCUGUUAUGACCAACUGUUGCAAACAGUUAAUUUCUGCUUGUACAGAAAAAAGUUGAGAAUAUUUUAGAAAAGAACCAGUUUAAUAUUAUUUUCAUAAACUGCAUUUUGUUAGCAUAGAGCAUGAAGCAAAUAAUAUGAAAAUUUCCAUACACUCUUGAUUAGAAACAAGGUGUAAAAUCUUCUUCAGAUAUUCCAAAUUGUUUCCCAGAAGGAAACUAAUGUUUUGACUUUUCAUUACAAAAUAAAAAGCAUGCGAAAAUGAAGAGGUCCUCCACUGUGAUAUUGUACAGUUGUAGUAAAAUCGUAAGAUAGAGAUAUUAAGUAGCCAAUCAUUUUGCCAAUCGAUAGAGAUACCAUGUAGCCAAUCGAUAUGCCAGAAAUAAAAACAGUUGCUUGAAAUGUGUCACCAUGCACAUUUUUAACCUCCUGUCAUUGAAACAAGUGGAAUAAAUUUGGAAGAUUUGUGUGGCAGAAAUAUGUUUCAGCCUCCUGUCAUCCUCUAAAAAUUUUCAAAUCUUUGCCUUCUACUUUAAAAGGUUUUCAAACCACUGUUAAAUUUCUGGAACAUUGACAAUUUUAAUUUGUAUUUCCUUGAUGAGUUUAGUAAAAUGAAAACAACUCAUUGAUCUUAAAACUGAUUUUUGUAGUACUCAGUAAUGACUCAUCUCAUCAGAUGACAAGCACCUCUCAUCACUAAACUAAAUUACUUAAUUCUUAGGUUUUCAAAUAGUGAUAAAUCUCGACCUCCACUCUGAAAAUUUUCACUUUAGCUAAAUUAAAAAAUGAUUUUUCCACAAGUUACUGAAGCAAAGAGUUAAUCAAUUACUAGUCAUAUGAAAAAUUUUUGCAUAUGGCUGAUUUGUGAAAUUCACUAUCAAGUGGUUCUAGUACUUACUCAUACUGGUACUCAUACUCAUAAAUUUAGACACAUACAUGUGUUAACUUAGCUCUUGUAACUAUGGUAUGAUCUGGGUUCAGUCUUAAUUUGAGUUUCACACUAGUUUCAGGUAAAGAUUAUAUAUAUAUGUGAAAUUUACCAUGUGAAAAGCAGGUGAUCAAAGUGUUUUGGAGGCAUAAAAGUGUUGCCCCUUUCUUUUUUACAUGGUCUGGACUAGCUCUUAAUCUUUGUCUUCUUCUUUAGAAGAUUUUCAAACCAAUGUUAAAUUUCUGAAACAUUGUCAAUUUGUAUUUCCUUAAUGAGUUUAGUAAAAUGGAAACAAUUUGUUGAUUUGAAAACUGAUUUUUGUAGUGUUCAGUCAUAACUCAUUUCAUCAGAUGUCACACACCUCUCAUCACUAUACUAAAUUACUUAAUUCUUAGGUUUUCAAAUAGUGAUAAACCUCCACCUUCACUUUGAAAAUUUUCACUUUAGCUAAAUUAAAAAAUGAUUUUUCCAAAAGUUACUGAAGCAAAGAGUUAAUCAAUUGCUAGUCAUAUGAAAAAUUUUUGCAUAUGGCUGAUUUGUGAAAUUCACUCUCAAGUGGUACUUAAUUUUAAGUUUCUCCCUUUAAUUUAGAUGUUAAGAGGGAAUUUCAUUAAAUUUAGAUCUUCAAUGAUAUUUGUCUGAAAAUUUGCAUUGUGAUCAGAUGGAAAAUAUUUGUGGGUUUUCUUGGAUUGAUUUCAGUCAGGUUAUAACUUUACCCAGUAUCAAUCUCAUGACCAACUGUUGCUAACUGCCAAUUUCUGUUCAUACAGAAAAGGGUUGAGAAUAUUUUAGAACCUGUUUAAUAUUAUUUUCAUAUGAAAAAUUGUUGCAAGUGGCUGAUUUGUGAGAUUCACACUCAGGUGGUACUUAAUAAGUUUCUCCCUUCAAUUUGGAUGUUAAGAAGGAAUUUCUGCUAAAGGGCAUCUCAUUAUGAGGAAUGUAGUUUGCAGGGUUAACCCCACCCUACCAAUACCUUGUGGAAAUUUCUCAAGCUUACCCAACUGAUUUAACCCUUUCACUUCCACAAGUGACCAAGACAUAAUUUCUCCAAACAAUAUCAAAACAAUACAAAGCAGACAAGUGAUGAGAAUAAAGAAACUAUUAGUAUGAUGAUAAUUAGUUGACCCAACACCAAAUUCUUAGAAAUAAAAUAAUAAGAGAUGUAAAGCAGACAAUUAGAUAACUGCUGUUAAGAUCUAGAGAGUGACAAUGUGUCAUAGUGUUAUGUAUGUCCCAACACUCAUAUGGGCAAUUCCAUGUUACAGACAUUACAUUCAGAGACCACUUUUUUGAAAACUUAUUUCCUUAACAAACUUAUUUUGCACAGUUUUAAAUUUAUAAUUUGUACAAACAUUCCUCACAUGGUACUUGACUAUCAGCAGAAAAGAAACUUUCCUUUCUUUAAAAAGGGUUGCCAACAUUUUUGUGUAUAACUCUGUUACAGACAUUACAAAAAAAUAAACCUACAAUUGUAGGUUAAGAAAAAUAUCAAUCAGGGGAUUAUUGGCUGAUCCAAUAUCAAAUUCUCUAAACUAAAAUCAUAAGAACUGUAUGGAGAAAGAUGGGAGGGUUCAUAAUGAGAGCUUGGGAAUGAAAGGGUUACAAAAGUCAUUAAAUCUAGAUCUUCAAUGAUAUUUGUCUGAAAAUUUGCACUUUGAUCAGAUGAAAAAUAAUUAUAGGUUUUCUUGGAUUGAUUUCAGUUGGGUUAUAACUUUACCUAGUAUCACCCUUAUGACCAACUGUUGCAAACCACCAAUUUCUGUUUGUACAGAAAAAGCUUGAGAAUAUUUUAGAAAAAAACCUGUUUAAUAUUAUUUUCAUAAACAAAAUGGAAUGGAACAAGAUGAUUCCUUUUGCAGCCAUUUUAUUUAAUUUGUACCUGGGCUCCAUAGAUUGCAGCAACUGAAAUUGCAGUCAAAACUGCAUUUUUUUUAGCAUGGAGCACGAAGCAAAUGGUAUGAAGAUUUUUGCACACUCUUGAUUAGAAACAAGAAGGCAUAAAAUCUUCUUCAGAUAUUCCGAAUUAAUUUCCAGAAGGAAACUAAUGUUUUGACUUUUCAUUACAAAAUAAAAAGGGUGCCAAAAUGAUGAGGUCCUCCUCUUCGGUAUUUUACAGUGGUAAAGUCUUAAGAUAGAGAUACCAUGUAGUUUUGUGAUUACCCGUUCAUUUCAGUUUGUAAUAAAGUCUCCUCUUGGUGAUUCAGGCAAUCAAUUUUCCAGAAAUAAAAACAGUUGCUUGAAAUGUGUCACCAUGCACAUUUUUAGUCUCUUUUCAUUGAAACAAGUGGAAUAAAUUUGGAAGAUUUGUGUGGCAGAAAUAUGCUUCAGCCUCCUGUCAUGCUUUAUAGAUUUCCAAAUCUUUGUCUUCUUCUUUAGAAGGUUUUCAAACCAAUGUUAAAUUUCUGAAACAUUACCAAUUUGUAUUUUCUUGAUGAGUUUAGUAAAAUUGAAGCAACUCAUUGAUUUGAAAACUGAUUUUUGUAGUGCUCAGUAAUAACUCAUUUCCUCAUAUGUCAUACACCUCUCAUUGCUAUACUAAAUUACUUAAUUCUUAGGUUUUCAAAUAGUGAUAAACCUCCACCUUCACUUUGAAAAUUUUCACUUUAGCUAAAUUAAAAAAAUGAUUUUUCCACAAGUUACUGAAGCAGAGAGUUAAUCAAUUAUUAGUCAUGUGAAAAAUUGCUGCAAAUGGUUGAUAUGAGAAAAUCACUGUCAAGUAGUACUUAAUAGGUUUCUUUCUAGAGAAGUCAAGGAGGAAUUUCUGCUAAGGGGCAACUCAUUUAGAGCAAUUUAGUUUCCAGGGUUACCCCACCCCACCAGUACCUUGUGGAAAUUUCUCAAGCUUACACAACUGAUAUAACCCUUCACUCCCACAAGUGACCAAGACAGAAUUUCUCCUAACAGUACCAAAACAAUACAAAGCAGAUAAGUGAAGAGAAUAAAGAAAAAAAUAUCAACAAGGAGAUUAUUAGUUGAUCCAAUACCAAAUUUUUAGAAAUGAAAUGAUAAGAGAUGUAAAGCAGACAGUUCAGAUAAUUGCUUUUAAGAUCUAGAGAGUGACAAUGUGUCACAGUAAUAUGUAUGUCCCUACACCCAUAUCCUUAAAUAAGUGUAUAUUCCUUGUGGAAUACACAGAACAUUGUAGCUAGGCCAGUAUAAAAACAAACUGGUAGAUGAUUAUCUUUGAGGUGCAACAUAAAAGAGGAAGAGAACCAUCCAGUAAGUUAAUGCCAAAGCAAAAAACCACUGAAUGUACAUAUCAAAUAAGAGCAAAAAUGUUUCAAAUAAAAAGGUAAGGGACUAUUUUCUUUGGAAAAUGGAUUUCACCUUUUCUUGGUAAAAGCCUCCCUAAACAAGGACCCAAGCUCACUGUCGUUUCUAGUUGGAAGGACCUUAGAGUCUAUGUGGAACUUAGAGUCAUCUAACCUGUCGGGUAAUUACACAGCCUUCAAUGUGACUUCAAAUUUGUAUUGUGUCUUAAGAUAUUUUCAAGAAAUACAGUGGAUUUGAUGCUAAAUCUACAGCACCAUGUAAUCACCUUUCUCUCUCAACCAACAAGGGUAAACACAUUAACACAGCAAUAUUGAACAGAGAAGUGACUUUUCUCUUCCUUGACACAAGUUUCUCACAAAUUAAAACACAAGAUAUAUUAUUACCUUCAGAUUUAUUACACGUGUCAUUUAAGAGUAAAAAAAAAAAAAAAGGAAAUUAAAAUGGUGAUGAAAUUCUAAAUUAGGGUUUAGUAACCUGAAGAAAUGCAUAUUACUCAAAUAUCAAGACACAAUAACAUGUAUCCCUAUCUAAAGGGAAAUUUCUUUCUUCUUACAAAAAUUUUAAAGCCAAUUUCUGCCAGACUUAAGAGAUAUUUUGGAUUUUAAAAGAGAUUUAACAAUUUUAUUGUCUGCUGCACACAAGAAUAUUAAAAAUAGAAUGGUUCACAGGUAAAACCUUCAAACAAAUUUAAUAUUUAUUCAAGGGGUCUCUUAGAAAGGCAUUUCCUACAAACACAUCACACUUGUGAUUCAUCACACUCUGGCACAUGCUUAAAAACAAUAAUUCCAUUGUUUACAGCAAUGUUAAAUUUGAAGUCAUAUUUGACAUAUAACCCAUCAACAUGGAGAGGAUACACCAAGGAUCUGAAGAAGGGAAUAUACCCAUAUCAUUGGGCUGUACCACUUUUCACUGCUAUUUCAACAAUCUUCUUUAACUGUCAUUUUGAAAUAUAGAUGGUUGUCCUCAGGCUUGUCUCCAUUAGGAGACUGAUGACAUACGCACUAGUUGUUUUCAUGGUUUUCAGGAUGAACUCAAAGAAUCUACUCCUUCAAGAAGACUAGUUUCCUGAAGUAGAGCACUUUCUCGUUUCAACAUUGACAAGGGAAGAAUGCUCCCCCCACCCCACCCCCCAACCAAACAAGCUGGUCACCUCAUAUCAAAACAACUGUUCAUGAAAGCCAGUCUUGUACACAACCUUUCGUCCGUGUACGAUCACUUUCCAUUGUUACUCCUAGCUCCAAAGUUUUCAGAGUGGCAUCAAGAGCUUAAAAAAUUAUUUUCUUUCUCAGUAGAGCGUUUGUCUUUGAACAGGCGAGUUUCCUUAACGAUCCUUACGUCUAUAAUUAUAACACCAUAAGCGCAUGACUUUAGCCGACUCAAUAAAACUAAUUCAAUGACAAGAUCUUCUUUUCUACAACCAAAUGGUCAACAAACUAAUCUCAUUCUACUUACAAUUUCUUUCUUGAACAUCUUUUAGGGCUUACGUUCCGAAGUUUUCUCUCAGUUCGAUGCUAUUUGACACCAGCACAUGGUCACUAUGACCUUGGGGUCACAGGGACCAGGCACACAAUUGCGUUUCCAGGGUCCUCUCUCUCUUCCUCCCUGGAGGAAAAGAGAGGACCCUGGGAACGAGGUCGGCUGGGACGAUAAUUUUUCACGUACUUAGCAGAGUACGUGUGUUUGAGAUCGCGCAUGUUGAUUAAUCGCGCGCAAGCAAAUAUAUUUGAUUGGUCAUAAAUUUAUGUAUAUAUAUAUAUAUUUCUUUUAAAAAAAAUUAGUUCAUGAGCCCUGUUAAUUACACUUAAUAAGGCACCAAUUAGUCUUAACUAUACCGUGCCCUUCUCCAUUCCUACUUUUCUAAAUUGUAUUUCUUAUUUUUUUCUUGUAUUUUUUUUUUAAUAAAACUCUUUCCUUGGAUUUCCUAGAAACCUUUUAUGAUAUGGAUGGAGAGAAAUGGUAAUGAUGAAAAUAAAAACAGAUACGUGCUAAAAUAUUUUAGAAUGCUUUCUUUUAAGUCAAGUAAAUAAUCUUUUCCGCCUUUUCAGGAUCCAAAAACAUAAACCCUGAUUUGACAUCAAUAGAGAUGAGACGGUGGUUGGUGGUAGGAAUAUUCCUUCAUAAUGUAUUGAUCCCAUCAGUCAGAGAAAAAAUUAACAAAGUAAUGCCAGAGUACUAUAAGAGGAUGUCAGAGCGUUAUCAACUAGACAGGCAGACGUUUGGUCAGCACAAGGAAAGACUCGGAGGGGUGAAAGUGAACUAUGAGAGUAUUAAUAAUAACAAGGAUAUCGAAUGUCCAAACCCGAGCUCUCAGUAUGACUACAGGGUUAAAGAUCCAGUAUCUCUGGCUAAACUGUUCAUGGAGCCUCGUAUGGCGAAAUUUAGCGCCUUUGAUGAUGAAUUUGAGGCUUCGGCUACUCUGGCUGUUCUUGCGGGUGUCGAAGAAUUUGAAAGAAAUGUCCGUAGUGUGGCAAGAAGCUUGAACGCUGUGGUGCGGGUACCGUGGGCUCAUCCCAUCUUCUGCGUUUGGACGGAUAAGAAAUAUGAGGACUGCUUCCGGACCAUGAAAUUGCUGGUACAAAAGUUUUUUCAAAGUGAGGAUCAAAAGGGAAUACUGGUUAAACUAGAGUUUUGGAAAACUCAAGGUAAGUCUUAAGACGUUAUUAGCAGUUUUUUCUUAAGGUAGGGGUGUGUUGCUUAUUUUAUCUGAUAAUAAUAAUAAUAGAAUAAUAAUAAUAAUGAUAGUGAUAGUAAUCUUUAUUAAGGCAACCAACAUCGAAAUUUAUUGAUUUACUGAAGGUUCAUCACAUUAAGGAAAAGUAAGCUUAGACUAAAAACUAACUAAGAUGUUAAAAAUUUUAAAAAUAUAAGCAAGAUCUCAAUAGACAAAUGACAUCAUUAAAAACCAAAACAACGUGCCUUUAGACAGGCCACUUUUAAAAGUAGUCACUGAAUCUCCUUCUCUUAAAGAGGAGUCUGAUUUGCUCCAAUUACGAUUACCAAAGUCGAAAGCGUCAACUGCUAACAUAUUAUUAAAGAUGGUAUUUUUUGUGAGCGCGGUAAUGAAAUAGGAAAACAUUUUCCUUCUUGGUUGUACUUCAUUUUGGAGUAAGCAAUGUGUUUAGGAACUCAGGGGUAAAAAAUGCCUUCAUAUCUGUAUACUCACCGAAUCAGUUCACGUGUUUUAGUUACUUAUCAAGUUAUAAGAAGUUCGAUUUCAGCCUGUAAAUUGAUGAUUACCUUUUUUGUCACAGGCCUUAAAAUCUGUCUUGGUAACCCAUUGGACGAUGUCCUCUACAACAACCUACGAAAGGAAGUGGAAGCACUAUGGGACAUGUUAACAAAGUACCAAGAAACAACGGGUGUAGAGACUAAAAGAAUAUGCCAGACUCUUGAUUUGUUCAGACGUGAGGUUCAUGAAGCCUUUAUCAAACUCCGAGAUAAACAAUCAUGCCUUGAGCAAGGUUGCCUGGAAAUGGAAAGAGGACUGAAAGAGUACCUAAGGUCAGAAAUGCAAAAGUUUGAACAACGAUUCUCACGUUUUGAAAAUAGUGUCCACGAGCGGAUCGAUGGACUUGAUGGUAAAAUUGCAAAACUUUCUGAGAGGGUGGAAAGGGAAACUGCAGGAACCAUCAGUAAUGUACAAUUCGGAAAGGAAAGUAGUUCGGACUUAAGCUACAUCAGACAAUUCACACAAGAAGAGAAACACCUCCAACCUAACAAGGAGCUGGCCUCUGCUACGCAAAGUCGUGAGCUUGAUCAACCACCAGCCCUAGACGAGCUGGAUACUGUAAAAAAGAACAAACCAAAAGGAAGAAAGAAAAGAAACCAAGCAAAAUCGUGAGUAACAGCACUUUAGGAGAAAGGAAACUGUUGCGAAAAUCCGCAUAGACGGAACUUCAAUUUUUCCUUACUUUAUUGCUGUCCGAUACAAAACAACAACGCGAGAUGACCAUAUUUCGAAACCCCGCGCACAAAUUAUAGAGGUUUCUGCUUGGACCUCAACCACGCCUUAGUUGUAAUAUUUGUGAAGGAACGGAACACGAAUCUCACAAAUGAACCUUGCAAACCUUAAGAAUUGAACCUUGCUAACCUUAAGAAAUCAACACUGCGAACGUUCAUGUUAUUUAUUAAUUAGGCAUAGCAUGAAGCCGAAUACUGUUUCUCUUAUCAAAGGGCGUGUUUAUUGACACAUGCAUAGCUUUACUAUACCAGAACUGAGUUUAAUCCUUCGAGAUAAGUUGUUUUCCACGAGUACGGAUAGGUUUUUUCGACGAGCUAGAGCCUUGGAAUCUUGUAAAUCUAAUUCUAGGAGGAUAUAGCCAAUAAAAACUUAACAAUAUUUAUAUUAGCGUCAUGGCAAGCAUUAGUUUGCAAAAUAAUGUCAAGUAUGGUCAAGAGAAUAUAAAACACCUCAUUACAUGGACGUGAGUGUUUUACCGGGAACUACAACCACUUGUAGACUCAGUAAGACCACCACAUCCGGGAGCCGAGUGGCGUAUUUUUUGAGUGGCCGCGAUAUUGAACGACGACGUUUCAAUUCUCGCCGUUUCAAACUUUGCUGAAUGAACUUGGCUUGUUCGUGGUAAGGAAUGAUUAAAUGGCCGCGAGAUUUGUUAUGGUAAACGACGAAGAUGUAAAUGCACUUUCCGAAUAGAGAGAAAAGAGAACGAUAAAAAAAAUAGAUGUUAAUUUUAUGUUUACGUGGCACGAAUAAUAUCGUAAAAUAUUGCUCUAACCAAUCGAAAGUAAAAUUCAUAUCUUCUCGCCAUCGAGGAACAUUCUCUGUUUAUAUUCUCUUGGUAUGGU